AGGGGUUUUUUUUUUGUUGUUGUUGGUGGUGGUAGUGGUGUGAUUGUGUGUAAGCUAGACUGCUAGAGAGAGAGAGAAGCUAAGCCGAGUAAAUUGGAGUGUGUGUGUGUUUGUGUGUUUCUUGAUUAUUUGGGGCUGAAGGUGAAAAACACAGGAUCUUGUUAGAUUCUUGAUUACUCAAUCAAAUUGCUACAAGGAAAACUGGAAUCUUUGUGCUGUUGUCGAUUUUGUGAAUGUGUGACGAGAAGGGAUUAACUUCCUAAUCAUCGAGAAACCAUGGGCUACGUUGAUAAGUUUGAGAUAGGCAGCACAAAACAAGGCAGCAAUUUAGACAAACAAGUUGAAGAGCUUCCCACAAAUGAUAGGUCUCUUGACGAGAAACUGCAGCUGCGGCCAAUGCCAGGAUCGACUCCUUGCACCAUCUGCUCGAGUGGGGAGAGCUGUAAGAUUGUCCGUUCGAGGACCAAAUUGAUGAACAUCUUGUUGGAACGAGGGAAGCCGCAGGAAGUCCAGUCGAUCUUCAACAAUUUGAUUCAGAGAGGGCAUAAGCCGUCUCUAGUGACCUACACCACACUCCUAGCCUCGUUGACUGUUCAGAAACGCUUCGGUCACAUACAUUCAAUAAUCUCCGAGGUGCAGAGGAAUGGGAUGGAGCCGGACCCGGUGUUCUUCAACGCUGUGGUCAAUGCAUUCUCUGAAUCCGGGGACAUGGAUGGAGCUAUGAGAACGUUGUCGAUGAUGAAGGAACGCGGGAUCAAGCCAACAACGAGCACGUACAAUACGCUGAUCAAAGGGUAUGGGAUUGCAGGGAAACCCGAUGAAUCUUUAAAGAUAAUGGAGCUCAUGUCGAGGGAAGCAAACACGAAGCCCAACGUGAGGACUUAUAACGUCCUUGUUAGGGCGUGGUGCAACAGGAACAACGUGGAGGAGGCUUGGGGUGUAGUGUCGAAGAUGGUGGCCUCGGGUGUACAGCCCGAUGCAGUGACUUACAACACGUUGGUGAAGGGCUAUGUUCAGAACAAGCAAACGGGUAAGGCGGAAGACGUGAUCAUGGAGAUGCAGAGGAAUAAUGUGCAGCCGAAUGAUAGAACUUGCGGCAUCAUAAUAUCCGGUUAUUGCAAAGAGGGACGAGUGAACGAGGCGCUGAGAUUCGUGUACAAGAUGAAGGGCUUUGGUGUACGCCCUAACCUCAUCGUUUUCAACUCACUGAUCAAAGGGUUCCUCGACAUAUCGGAUAGGAACAGUGUGGAUGAGGUUCUGACGUUGAUGGAGGAGUUCGGAGUGAAGCCGGACGUGAUCACGUUUAGCACGAUCAUGAACGCGUGGAGUGCUGCGGGCUACAUGAUCAAGUGCAGGGAGAUUUUCGACGACAUGGUGGAAGCUGGGAUCAAACCCGACGCCCACGCUUAUAGCAUUCUUGCUAAAGGCUACGUACGGGCCAAGGAGCCGGAGAAGGCCGAGGAGCUCUUGGACGCCAUGAAAACAUCUGGUGUUCGUCCUAACGUAGUCAUCUUCACCACGGUCAUCAGCGGGUGGUGCAGCAGUGGCUCGAUGGACUCUGCGAAGAGGGUACUCGGGAAGAUGAUCGAGUCUGGGAUCCCUCCAAAUUUGAAGACAUUCGAGACCCUAAUAGGCGGAUAUGCCGAGAACAAGAAGCCGUGGAAGGCCGAGCAGGUGCUCGGCCUCAUGGAGGAGGGAUUCAACGUUCGUCCCGAGAGAAGCACUGUCCAGCUCGUGGCUGAGGCGUGGCGCUCCAUCGGGCUCUCCAAGGAGGCGAACAGAGUGAGAGCGUCAUCGAGGAAGACGACCACAACCUCAACGUCGCAUCCACCACCACCACCACCGCAGGCGGAACAAGAGACGCCGUCCACGGCUCAAGAAAGCUUGGAGAUGUUCUGUCAGAAAGAAGCAACUCCAAACUCUUCCGUGGCGAGGCUGCAGAUACCGAGCGUGGUUCUGAGCGAUCAGAAGGGCCCGACCAAGCGGGGCCGGAGGAUGGUGCUGAGGGAAGCUGAGCCCUCCUUGUCCGAGGCGAGGGCUGUGAGUCUUACUUGUAGAUAUGGAGAACGAGGCGCUCCCGUGGCCAGCCAGAGGCGGCAGGUGUUUGCGUACGGGCAGUUUGCUCCUGCGUGCACGCUCCUCCUGCUGAACUGAAUGACGACGACGACGUCGGUUCAAGCGGAGGAGGCGCUGCUCCGGCUGAAGAUGGAUGCAUAGGCAAAGUUUAACUGACUAUUGUACAUAACAAAAGGGGUGGCAUUUGAUGAUCUUUUUGUUAACAAAUGGUUUGUAUUGGUUGUGCAGCAAACACUUAUAAGCCUCUUCAUUUUUUGAAAGUUGUGGAAAAAUGCUCAGACGUGUCAAAUAUUAUAAAGUGUUGCUAA